UGAUUAGAUAGAGGCCAUCAUGAAUGACUUCAUUCAGCUUAAACCACAGUCUAACGUUUAUGAAGCUGAAACUAUGGUUGAAGGAACACUGGAUGGUUUCUCAUUUGAUUCAGAAGAUGAGGCUGACAAGAUUCCUAAAGCCGUUCCUCAUCAAAAUAACCAAAAUGAGGAUGUUGAAGAACAAACCAAUGGUAAAAAUAAUGGGAAAACCAAACGGAAAGCUGAGAAAACAUUGGGAAUUGCUCGGAACAGAGGUAAAGCUGUGGGAGGAAAGAUGCAAGCACCAAAGAUGCAAUCCUCAUUUCUAGAACGCAUUCUCGGCCUCGUGAUGGCGAACCUGGUCACUGCAAAGCAUGCUGGUUGUCUGGAGCUUCUACGAAGGUGA